UACGACCAGUGAGGCGAGCUUACACGCUAAUCUACUAACCACGACGGGCCAGCGUCUUACUCCAACAGGCAAAAUCAGCCAUGCCAAGACGCGUGUCUACACGCAACGGUACCGUAAAGAAUGGGAACAAAUGCCCGAUUUUAAAGAUAUCGCUAAUUGGAAAAAGCAAGUGAAAUUAUGAGUUCAAAUAGAAAGAACGUUAUAUGAAAUAUCUAUAAGAAAGAACUAAAGAGUAACAGUGUCGAAAGAGUUCUUACAGAGAUAGUAAAAAUAACUGCCUCUACCAGGAGUUACCUACCACAGAAGUUUCUGAAAUAAGAAUUGAAUGAUUAUAUUACCCAAUUUUAAGAAGACUACAUUUUAUAAUGUACUAAAAGAUGAAAUUUAAAUGUAUACAAAUUGACCACGAUAGUUUUCUACAUGAUACAGAAGACUUAAGAGUAGUAGCUAUAUAAAUGAUGGUUGACGUCCGUGCCAUUCCAAUCAACACGAGCUUAUUGUCUGUAUUGCAAGAAAAAUCUCCAUGCGCACCGACUUUCUUUGUUAAAACAUACAUGUACGAUGAAGCAUCAACGAUCAGCUUUGUCACACGAAGCGGAAGAAAAAAAGAAGGCUGCAGCUCGAAAGGCGAACGCGGUAGAAGAGGUUGAAAUAGAAGAAGUCGAGGAAAUUGAGGCUAUUGAACACACUCAAACUGAAAUAGAAGAAAAUGAAGAUGAGGUGGAAUAUGUUGUUGAGAGAUUAGAAACGGAUGAUGAGCUGGAUGAAGCUCAGAUUAAAGAUCCAAUCGAAGAUGUUGGUGCUGAAGCUGAGGAUGAAGAAGAUGAGGAAGAUGAUGAUGUAGAAGAUAUGCAUAUGCCUUCUGAUGAAGAAGAUGUUAAGCAUUCGAUAAAAAAGAUUAAAAUAGGGAGGGUGGAGAACUGCGAGGAUUCCUUGACAGAAGCUAUGGAUCAUAUGCAGAGUGAAUAUUUGGAAGAAAGUGAUAAUCAAGAAACUGUACAAAUGGAAAUAGUUGUAGAAUCAGAAGAUCAAAGUAAUUCAGAUAUGCAAGUUGUAUCGAUUCUUCCUGAUACUGAAGAUUCUAGUAAAGAAUCGUCAAAGGAAUCACGCGAAAAUGGAAGAGCGAUUCGACGAGGCGAUAGUAAAUUAGAUAGAAAAUCUGCAAAAUUAUUGGUGAAUCAAGAUGAAUGCAAACAGCAAGGAGAUUCGGGAAUAAUGGUGGCAUGUCCGUUACCUAUUUUAGGUACAGCUUAUCAAAUUAGUUCCUCGGUCGCACCUAGUACUAACACCAUCGGUGUGCUUCAGCCAGUGAAUACAAUCCCCAUUGCACCUGCGCAAAGUAAAACGAUUACUUUGGCGACGGGUGGAAAAACUCUGACUUUGACAGGUGGUACAUUCCAACCUGGUGCUCAGUAUGUGCUGAGUAAAUUAAAGGGUAAAUUUCCUACGUUGGUAAUGGCUGAUAAAAAAACUACAAUUGUAGCUAAUCAAGCAGAGGAUGCCGCGAAAGGUGCUCAGAUAAACAAGGAUCAGUUAGAUGUAGCAAGUACUAGUUAUCAAAGUCCGAAAAGACAUGUACUUUUAAAAACCGUUAAUAAUCCAACAAUUAAAAAGCCUCGCAUUUCAACUCACGUUAUGGACACUAGUAAAGGUUUACCAAUUGGAGGUUUGCAAGUUAGCCUUUAUAAGUUAAUGGAUGGGAGGUGGACUUUUUUAAAUGAAAGAUCUAUUUUCCUUUGUUCCAGUAAUACGAGCCCGAAUGGUCGAUGCGUAGAUUUGGUGGAUAACAUGAAAGUUAAUUUCACAGCUGGACGUUACAAGAUUCACUUCGAUGUUGAUAAAUAUUUUACGCUAAGAAGGAUAGAAACAAUGUAUCCGUUUAUCGAGAUUGUUUUUGAUGUAAAAAACCCUGCUGGUCACUAUCACAUACCAGUGCUUCUGAGUCCAUUUGGUUACACCACCUACCGUGGUUCCGAAAGAUAAACUUUAAUCAAGUCAAUUAGGAUUAAUACGCAACAAACGUAUUUUUAUUAUGGCUUAUAUGGUUGGUCAUGUGGCGGUCUCAACAGCAAAUACCACCACUCGACACUAACUAGUGUCGGACGACGGCAGCGCAGUGGUUAGCGCCUUAGGUUACGAACGUUCGGGACCCGGGUUCGAAUUCCGGCAACCGGAGUUCCGAUUUUUCUUCCACGCUUCUAAAGUAGAAGAAAAACCGAGUAGUACCCCAGCAGCGACAUCUACAACCAGCAGCUGCAAUCAUCACGGACAACACGCAAUUGGUGGUGACCCCGACGUGAUCCGACAGCGAAAAGAGGUGUGCGAUCGUGAUAUCGCUAUCCGAGACUUCGAUCAUCGCGAAUCUAAGACCGUGGCAAUCUGGAUCUACCGCUACGACGCACACGGAACGGCCUUUCCUUCGGCAAAACUUCGACGCCUCACCGCCGGCCCACGCAAGCUGGUGACUGGUGGAUAACACGAGACGAUGACCAAGCCAGGAGUAAUGUAGCCAUUGCAAAGUUCAUGGACAUCACCACCAGCACGUCAUAAAAAGAGGAAGAGGGGCUCUACGACUGUACGCGGAAACGCUCCGCGCCGUACCGGCAGGUAUCCAUCGCCACAUCGAAGACAACGUACAACAUCUGCACGGGCUUGACAACAAUCGGCUGACGCUUUACCACACUAAGAAGAAACGUUAUCACUGGUAAAGGGGUACUGUGGCGGCACUCGACAACAAAUACCGCCACUCGACAUUAACUUCUACCCGACGAUGGUAGCGCAGUGGUUACGAACGUUCGGAACCCGAGUUCGAAUCUCGGCGCCCGAUAGUCCAAUUUUUCUUCCAUGGCACAUAAAUGAGAAGAAAGCAGCAAUAUCUUAUAGCGAUGUCUACAUCAGCAGGAGCAGCAGCAAGCACUAUCGUGAUAACUACUUAUUACACCUCAAUCAUGCAGAGGAAGUUAAUAGGUGUAUACGAUGAUAAUAAUAAUGCCUCGUUAGUUUUACAUUCAUAGUGUACAUGCGUUGUUAAUUUACAGCUAUUAUUUCCGCAUACACCUAACAUUUGUAAUCUUGCAUUCAACGGCGUAAUGCGAAUUAGAAGGGACAAAAUUCAUAUUCUUUUAUUUAUAUUUCUGUUAGUUGCAUUUUAUGAAAGAAAUUAUUAGUUGUAUGUGUGUGUACCCGCAUUUGCUAUACGUGGAGAGAAUGUUAUGAAAAAGUGGGAGGUGUAUAAUCAUUGGUAGAAUUGUUAAAUUGUAAUAUCAACAUUUGUGAAAAAAUAUAUUUUAUUUCUUAGUUUAUAAAA